GCCCUUGGCUAAGGUUGCCAAACUCCUUGUGUUUUCAAAGAAGGUUGCUCACAAACAUCCACAGAACAUUUUAAGGCAACUCUGUUUAUCACACAGACACACACCAGUACCCCUAAAGACCGUUCCAAGGGAAAGGGGCAUCUAUCUGCAUCAACAAGUUAACUCCUAGUGCUCUGUGCCUGAGAGAUAAAGAACCACGUGAGCAUGGACUCUCCAUUUGUCAAAAGUCUCUGGAGCUCAGCUGGAGUGUGGAUUUCCCUCUAGACACUGAAGAGACAAUCUGCUUAAUCCAGGCAACAGAGGAAGCCAGGGGACCAUGGCUAAGAAAGUUGCCAUUAUCGGUGCUGGAGUGAGCGGGCUGACAUCCAUGAAAGGCUGCCUGGAGGAAGGCCUUGAGCCCACUUGCUUUGAACAAAGCAGUGACAUCGGGGGACUAUGGAGAUUCACAGAAAAGGUGGAAGAAAACAGGGCUAGCAUCUACAACUCUGUCGUCACCAAUUCCUCCAAAGAGAUGUCCUGCUUCAGUGACUUUCCAAUGCCUGACCACUUUCCAAACUUCCUGCACAACUCCAAGUUCCUGGAAUAUUUGCGACUGUAUGCAAAGCACUUUGGUCUGCUCAAGUAUAUCAGGUUCAAGACCACCGUCAUCAGUUUAGAAAAAAGCCAAGAUUACGCUACCACUGGCCAAUGGACCAUGGUCACAGAGACAGAUGGAAAGCAGGAGUCAUUCAUCUUCGAUGCUGUCAUGAUCUGCACUGGCCACCAGAUAGAAGCAUACACCCCAGUGGAGUCUUUUCCUGGUUUUGAAAAGUUCCAGGGAAACUAUUUCCACAGCCGAAAUUACAAAAACCCUGAUGGGUUCAAUGGGAAGACUGUUGUGAUCAUUGGGAUGGGGAAUUCGGCUGCUGACAUCGCUGUGGAGAUCUGCAGGAAGGCGAAGAAGGUUUUCCUCAGCACAAGGGGAGGCACCUGGGUGAUGAGCCGAGUGUAUGACAAUGGCUAUCCUUGGGACACCAUCUUUCACACUCGCUUCAACGACUUGAUCCGAAAUUCUGCCCCUUGGUUCCUUUUGCAAUGGAUGACGGAACGGAAAAUGAACCAGUGGUUUAGCCACGAGAACUAUGGCUUGGUGCCUCGAAACAGAUCCCUGAUGAAAGAGCCAGUGUUCAAUGAUGACUUGCCUAGCCGUAUCCUCUGUGGUGCUGUGAUGGUGAAACCACUCAUCAAGGAGUUCACCGAGAGCUCCGUCAUUUUUGAAGAUGGAACUGUAGAGGAGAAUGUGGAUAUUGCCAUCUUUGCAACAGGCUACACGGUUGCGUUUCCUUUUCUGGACAAGUCAGUGAUCAAGGUGGAAGACAAUCGGGUCCCGUUGUAUAAACACGUCUUUCCUCUUCAUCUGGAGAAGCCAACGCUGGCUGUUAUUGGCCUCAUCCAGCCCCUUGGGCCUAUCAUGCCCACUGCAGAGCUGCAAGCUCGCUGGGCAACCAGAGUCUUUAAGGGGCUAAGUUUGCUGCCUUCAGAGAGCACUAUGGUGGCUGACACCACCAAGAGGAACGAGAAGAGGAUCAAAUGGUUUGGCACCAGCCGCAGCCAGUCAAUCCAAACGGAUUUCAUUGAGUAUCUGGACGAGCUUGCUGCUCUCACAGGAGCAAAGCCACACCUGUUGACGCUCCUGCUGAGAGAUCCCAAGCUGGCCUUGACCAUCUUCUUUGGACCCUGCAGCCCAUUCCAGUUCCGCCUGAUGGGACCAGGGAAGUGGGAUGGAGCCAGGAACGCCAUCCUUACCCAGACACAGCGGAUCAUCAAGCCCACAAAAACUCGAACAGUGGGCAAUUCUUCGAGUAAUGCUCUGCUCUCCCUGCUUAAAAUCCUUGGCUUCCUUGCUCUCUUGGUUGCAGUUUUCCUAUCCGUUGGUCAGCGCUGAACUCUACCCAAUGAUGCAACAAUGGCAAACUGCUGCUUUACUGAUGCUUGCUUGCUCUUCAAUGCAUGUAUAAGGGUCACACGGGGCCAACUUUCCACUCUCAAACUUGUGUC